CCAGAUCUAGAGAGUUUAACAAGAAAGAAGAAUAUUUCCGACAACAUUCAAAGAUUGAGGGUGUUACAGAAAAUGGAAGAGGAGGAGCAUUGGACAGCAAUGUCUCACCCUCUUCAAUACCGUCAUCAAUGGUUGUCCUGGAAAUGGAGAAAUCAUCAUCUGAUACCAAAUCCUCGUCCAACAAUGAGGCAAUGCUCCACGAGGCACCCUCUGUCUUGUUGUUGGACGGUGAUGCAGGGGACUAUCCGCCAGUGCAAAGCUUUCAGGACGCACAAACUUUGUUACAGAUAGAAUCAGUAAAGUUAUGGGCUAUUGCAGCUCCCAUUGCCUUCAACAUUCUAUGUAAUUAUGGCAUCAACUCCUUCACCAGCAUUUUUGUUGGACACAUUGGAGAUGUUGAGCUCUCUGCUGUUGCCAUUUCUUUAUCCGUCAUUGCAAACUUAUCGUUCGGCUUCUUGCUUGGCAUGGCUAGUGCCCUGGAGACACUCUGUGGGCAGGCAUUCGGAGCUGGAGAAAUAAAAAUGCUUGGAGUGUACAUGCAAAGAUCAUGGAUUAUCCUUACAGCAGCCUGUAUCUGCCUGUUGCCCCUCUACACCUAUUCCACACCAGUGCUAAAGCUACUAGGCAUACGGCACGACAUAGCCGAUCUAGCCGGAAAAUUCUCUGUAAAAAUCAUCCCUCAGAUGUUUUCUCUAGCCUUAAACUUUCCCACACAGAAAUUCCUACAAGCUCAAAGCAAAGUGGUAAUUCUAGCAUGGGUUGGAUUUGUGGCUCUAAUCAUCCACAUCAUUGUGCUAUUUAUGUUCAUUAGAGUGUUCAAGUGGGGAUUGGCUGGUGCAGCAGCGGCCUACGACAUAUCUGCAUGGGGGAUUGCUCUGGCUCAAAUGGUGUACAUUGUGGGUUGGUGCCAAGAUAGCUGGACAGGUUUGUCUUGGCUCGCAUUCAGAGAGAUUUGGGCAUUCUUGAGGCUUUCUAUAGCUUCAGCCAUCAUGCUUUGCUUGGAGAUUUGGUACUUCAUGAGCAUAAUUGUUCUCACCGGCCAUCUUGACAAUCCGGUCCUGGCCGUAGGAUCCCUUUCUAUCUGCAUGAACCUGAAUGGAUGGGAAGGAAUGAUAUUCAUAGGUGUGAAUGCAGCAAUAAGCGUUCGCGUAUCCAAUGAGCUUGGAUCGGGACACCCGAGGGCUGCCAAGUGCUCUGUUUUUGCCAUAAUGGCAACAAAGAAUCAUUUUGCGGCCCUUUUCACCAGCAGUGAGCAAAUGCAGAAGGCAGUUUCCAAUUUGGCCUAUCUUCUUGCAGUAACCAUGGUUCUCAACAGUGUUCAACCAGUUAUAUCAGGUGUUGCUGUUGGAGGAGGAUGGCAGGGGCUGGUGGCUUAUAUCAAUCUAACUUGUUAUUACAUCAUAGGUCUCCCUGUUGGAUUCUUGCUUGGUUACAAGACUAGACUGGGUGUUCAGGGGAUAUGGAUGGGCAUGAUAUUUGGGACUUUUCUGCAAACUGUAAUUCUUUUGAUCAUUGUGUGGAAGACAAACUGGAAUAAGGAGGUUGCAGAAGCAUCAGAAAGAAUGCGGAGAUGGGGUGGACAAUCUGUAGAUUAGGAGGGAUGAUGGUUGAAGAGAGAGAAUGAGUCUAGCGUAGAAGAAAGCUUGGGUGCUCCUCAGAAAACCGAGGUUUGUUCCGAUUCUGAAAACGAAAACAAUAGC